UUAAAAUUAAAAGUAAACUUCAUCGACUGCUAUCUCUGUAUCUGUUCAGAGCAGCCAAUAGACUCUCUCUCUCUCUCUCUCAGUGCCACUGACUAUUUUUCUUUUUUUCUCUGGAAAUUUCUCUCAUGCAAACCGGAAGAGAAGAUAGAAAACAAAAUCAGAUUCUCUGUCGAUGAAGAGGUCAAAAUCAAGAGCUCUAGCUUUAGUUGAAAUUGAAGACGAAGAAGCACAACAACCAUUGCCUUUACAAACUUGUAAACCCGAUUUUCCUUUGAGAAGAUCUCCAAGGUUCACUCAAUUCCACAAUGUAGCUUGGCUAAACCUUAAACCCAAUCAAUUUCAGCUCAAACUCGCAAUUGACCACUGUCCUAGACGUUCUCCCUGGUUAUCUUCUUCUCUUUCACCUGAUUUUCCUCUAAACGUUUCGGAGGGUAGGAGGAGGAGCCGGAGUAGCCCUUCUCAAAACGUUUCGUUUCUUCAGAGUCAGGGUCCAAGUCAACGUUUCACAAUCAAAGAAAAUAAUGGAUUGCGUAGAGAAGAAAAUGGAUUGCGAAGAUCUCCUAGACUGUCCUCAGCUGUAGGAGGAAGUGAAAGUGACUGCUCAGUGAAUAAUUCAUCAAGGAAUCAUUAUUCAGAACAAAGGGCAUCUAUAGUAUUGGAAGCCAAACCAUUACUUUCAUGGCAUGGUGAUGGUGAUAAUAAUACUAUACUUUUGCUGGAACCAUCUGGUGAGAUGGAUUUAAGCUCUCGAGAGAAUAAAUCUUUAAGAAAAUGCCACCCAGGAUUAUCACAUGGAGAAAUUCAAUCAAGAAGAUGUUCCUUGCUUAUCAAAGAUUCCUGUGGAUAUUCUGAUUCUUUGGACGAACAACCCUGUAAAAGGGUUAAGACCUUCUCUGAGAAUGCUGAUAUGGAAAUGAAUAAUGAGUUCUCCAUGAGUCUGUUUUCCACAACAGACAAUUCUGCUGUUGGGGUUGAAAAUGGCAAAACAGAAUGUAGUUUGAUUGAGUUCCCUAAAAUAUCUGAGAAGCAUUCUACUAAGGAGAAGAUGAUAAAGUCGUACAAACAACACUCUCUAGAUAAGAAACACAAGGGCACUUGUUGCCUAAUUGGAGAUCCUGUCCCCAGUGAUGAGGCACAAGAAAGGUGGCGAUGGCGUUAUGAAAGAAAGAUUCAAAGAUCCAAUUCCCACAGGCGCAUUUUAGAUGAUGAUGAUGAUGAAGAUAAGAUUGUUUGGAAUGUGGAAUGCCAUUACACACAGGCUGAAAUUAAUGGGUCCAUUUUUAAUCUCAGAGAUUGUGCAUAUAUUGCGGGUGAAGGAGGUCAAAAGCAUGUUGGCAGGAUUGUAGAAUUUUUCAAAACAACAGAUGGAGAAGACUACUUUAGGGUCCAAUGGUUUUACAGAGCUGAAGAUACGGUUAUAAAAGAAGAGGCUGGUUUUCAUGACAAAAAGCGUUUAUUUUAUUCUACAAUAAUGAAUGAUAACCCAAUAGAUUGCAUUAUUUCAAAAGUCAGAAUUGUACAGUUACCAUCUAUGAUAGGUUCAAAAUCUUCCAUUCGAUCAACUGACUUCUAUUUUGACAUGGAGUACAAUGUGGAUUAUUCCUCAUUUCGGACAUUGCUGAUUGGUGAUCAUUUUAAGAGAGAUAACUCAUCAUCCCCCAAUGUGGUUGAAGCUGUUUCCACAACAGGCGGUAAUACAUCAUUGGAAAAUAUGCGCAGCUCUGAAAGUAACAAAGCAGAGCUAGCCCUAUUAGAUCUUUUUUCUGGUUGUGGUGGAAUGUCGACAGGGUUAUGCCUUGGUGCUAAAGUUUCUUGUGUUGAUCUUGUGACGAGAUGGGCACUUGAUAGUAAUAAAUCUGCAUGUGAAAGCCUGAAGUUAAAUCAUCCAGAAACAAAUGUUAGAAAUGAAGCUGCUGAAGAUUUUCUUGAACUAUUGAAAGUAUGGGAAAAGCUAUGCAAAAGGUAUGCGGUCAAGGACAUAAAAAGCAUGCAGCAGUCAAGAUCAAUAGCAUCAAGAGUAGCUGAAGAAAAUGACAACUCUCUCAGUGACAAUGAUAUCACCCCGGGCGAAUAUGAAGUCUCUAAACUUGUUGACCUAUGCUAUGGUGAUCCUGAUAAUAUUGGAAAGCGUGGACUGAAAUUUAAGGUGCACUGGAAGGGUUAUAGUACAAGUGAAGAUACUUGGGAACCGGUUGAAGGCUUAAGAAAUUGCCAAGAAUGUAUACGGGAUUUUGUAAGAAAAGGCUUCAAGUCCAAGAUUCUGCCACUUCCUGGUGAUGUCGAUGUUAUAUGUGGCGGACCUCCAUGCCAAGGGAUUAGUGGCUAUAAUCGGUUCAGAAAUGUCAAUGCUCCACUUUCCGAUGAAAGAAACCGUCAGAUUGUUGUCUUUAUGGACAUAGUGCAGUUCUUGAAACCUAAAUUUGUGCUGAUGGAAAAUGUUGUUGACAUUCUUAAAUUUGAUAAAGCUUCUUUUGCAAGAUAUGCUUUGAGUCGUUUGGUACAUAUGAAAUACCAAGCAAGGCUUGGAACCAUCGCAGCUGGCUGUUAUGGUCUUCCACAAUUUCGGUUGCGUGUCUUCUUGUGGGGAGCUCAUCCCAGUGAGAAACUGCCCCAGUUUCCACUUCCUACUCAUGAUGUUAUUGUCAGAUAUUGGCCUCCAAAUGAGUUUGAGCGGAAUACUGUUGCCUAUGAUGAAGGCCAACCCCGUGAACUUGAAAAGGCCGCGGUUCUUCAGGAUGCCAUUUCUGAUCUUCCACCUGUUACAACCCAUGAGACCCGUGAAGAAAUGGCAUAUGAAAAGCCUCCAGAAACUGAGUUUCAAAGGUUUAUUAGGUCAACAGAACAUGAGAUGACUGGUUCUUCACAGAGAGGCACUACACAAAUGAACAAUCUGCUAUCUGACCAUCGCCCUUAUGCAUUGACUGAAGAAGAUUGUGCCCGAGUUUGCCUAAUUCCUAAAAGAAAGGGAGCAAACUUCAGGGACCUCCCCGGUAUACUUGUAGGAAAUGAUAAUGUUGUCCGGCGGGAUCCAACAAAGGAGCAAGUGCUAUUACCAUCUGGAAAGCCACUGGUACCAGAUUUUGCUUUCACAUUUGAACAAGGAAAGUCCAAAAGGCCAUAUGCGAGAUUAUGGUGGGAUGAGACAGUGCCAACAGUGGUGACUUACCCAAGUAUUCACAGCCAGGCAAUGUUACAUCCAGAGCAGGACAGAGCCCUCACUAUACGAGAAUGUGCCAGGCUUCAAGGUUUUCCUGAUUACUACAGAUUCUCUGGGACGGUUAAAGAAAGGUAUCGGCAGAUUGGAAAUGCAGUUGCUGUUCCUGUAGGUAGAGCUUUAGGAUAUGCACUAGGGAUGGCAUUUCUAAAACUCAGUGGGGAUGGACCACUAAUGACACUCCCCCCUAAGUUCUCACAUUCAACUAAUCUCCAAUUAGCUAAAUCAUUGUUUCAGAAGACUGACUAGAAUUUUUUCAUACAGCCUCAUCUAAUUAUUUGCAGCAUGGACAUUAAGCAUUUUCAUGCUGAGCCAUCCAUGUACAUUGUACACUUGUUCUUCUGUGCUAGAUGAGCAAAGCCUGCUUUGCGUCCUGUGCAGCGUAACCAAGAUGAAGUUUGUAUAUUUGAGGUUAUUAAAACAACUUCUCAGUUACCUGAGAUGAGGAUAUUGAAAUUCACAUCCUUGCUGGGAAUUUUUCGUAAAA